UUAGCGUUUGACAUGUAGAAAGUGCCCCAGCGAGCCACAGAUGACUAACGUUAGGCUAAAUUAAUUGUUUACAGUCUAUGGGCUAAAUGUAUAUUUUAACCGGUUUAUCAUAAUUAAUUUAACAUCAUAACUUUGUGAUUAUUUCAUAACUAACGUUUAAUACUGACAAAUUACGGUUUGCGUAUUUACCAUAAACUGUUAAUAUUAAUAAUAAUAGUUAAUUAUAUACAGUCAAUGGUAUUGACUAGCUGAGUUUUCAGAUAUGGGAAUGCUGUUUGGCAUAGCUAGCAAGUACCACAAGACCAUACCGCUUUAUGGUUAGCUAGCUAGCUACUCCUGGAGGCAUUUUAUCAGUGCAUUACGGUAUUUAUGCAACUUCCAACGCGGACGUAUACGUAACUGUACUGCACCGUAAGCACACAUGCCGGUUAAAAGAUUGCUGAAACCUUUUUAACGGUUGUGUAUGUUAGCAACAACAUGGCUGCGUGUGGCUUUGCUUUAAAGCUUUUACCGUCGGUGGUAACAGGAAGGUUUUGUAGCAGAACACCUUGUCCUUUACGCUCAGCUGUCCGUGCGUUCUCGUGCACUGUAACUCGUUCCCAACUACACGGAGUGGAGGGGACCGGGGCUUUGACAGGCAAAGUAGACCGGUUCGGCGGAGUGACAGUGAACCUGGCGGACAUCGGUUUACCCACGGACAUCAGCGAAAGCUCAUUCAGCAUAUUGCUUCAAGUUUCUUUGGCCCAGUGGAAAACGGAGGGGAAAGUUGCAGUGUGGCUUCGGGUACCUAUCUCACUGAGUCGAUGUGCUGCCGCUGCCUCCACUCACGGCUUCACCUUCCAUCACGCCAAACACGACCACGCUGUGUUGGCCCUCUGGUUGGGGGAAGGGGAAAGCAGACUGCCGGGGUUUGCAACUCACCAAAUUGGAGUAGCAGGGGCAGUUGUUGAUGAAUCCAACGGAAAGGUUCUUGUGGUCCAAGACAGAAACAAGACAAAGAAUGCUUGGAAGUUUCCCGGUGGCUUGUCUGACCUAGGAGAAAAUAUUGGUGUCACUGCCGUUCGUGAAGUCUUUGAGGAAACCGGCGUUCACGCUGAGUUUAGAUCUCUGCUCAGCAUCCGGCAGCAGCACAACCACCCAGGCGCCUUCGGCAUGUCGGACAUGUACAUCAUCUGCCGACUCGGCCCUCUCACCUACGACAUUAACUUCUGUACUCAGGAGUGUCUGCGCUGCGAGUGGCUGGACCUCGCCGAGCUGGCCAGGACCGAGGACACCACGCCCAUCACGUCUCGCAUAGCCAGGCUUCUGCUUCACGGCCUGGAGCACGGCUUCAACAAGGUGGACCUCAGCAUGGAGGAGCUUCCCGCCGUCUACUCAGGGAGGUUUUACCAGCUGUAUCACAGGCAGCUUCCCCCAACACUAAAAUCCUAGCAAGCCAACAAGCAUUCAUCAACCAAGCAUAUCAUGGUUUGCUAUUUUGACACAAGGUCAUAUUUAAAGUGUAUUUAGAACUGGAAUUAUGUUUGCAGUGUGUUUUUUUCACACCAGCUGUUACCUUUGAAGAAAUGUGGCGCAAUAGGCUGUGAACUAUAACAAGAUUCAUGUUAUGGUUAUUUAAAAUGAUAUGCCACUGCGGUGCCUGCAGGACUGAAGAGUUUUACACAGUGUAUUUAACACUUUUUGGUGGCCAUGUUGGAAGUCCAUAUCUGUUGGGCGACCGUGACUGCCAGCAGCUGAUUUAAUUUUUAAAUUCUGCUGUAUUUUUAACUAGGAUUACUUUAGAUAGUGUUAACAAGCUGACCACCAGUAGUAGCUGAACAUACACUGGCAGAAUUCAACAUAAGUGGCCAGUAGUAGUAGGUCAAAACAAGUAAAAAAUCAUCUUUUUGUUCAAGAUAACUGCUUUUCCCUUAUUGAACUAAACAUGAUUUGGAACAAUUAUCUGGUUUUAAUAACUGUACAAAUUAUGCUCCAGUGCCAUGCUAUGGGGAACACAGUUUUAUCAAAAACAAUGGCACCCUCAGGAAACCUGUACUGUAUCCAUUUAUCAUGUAAAGAUAGUGAGUAAUGUAAAAUAAUUAGAAUAAACUAUAUUUAGGACUUGGGUUUUGUUUUGAAUGUGUUUAGUGUGCUUAGUUUUUCAUUUUUUAUUUUGUCAAACUCUUUUCUAGCACAAAAUUCUUAAAUACAGUUACUUAGUACAAUUCUCUUUUAUCAAGUUAAGACUUAGGUGCAUUUUCUUAGCCCUUGUUAUGUAGGAGACAUGUUUUAACUGAAUAUUCCUCUUUAUGCUCUACAUCUUGCGGCAGUUUACCCAGUAAGAAGUUGAAAUGGUAAGAAGCCGACUUCUUAUCAAAAGGUUGCUGCUUUAAAUCCCUCAGCUGGAGAGGAAGAUCUGUGUAAGUAAAAUGAACACUGCCGUACUUUAGAGGUGCACUUGAGCAAGGCACCUUCCCACCAGCUGCAGUAUAGCGUAGCAGUUGGCUGGUCCACAGUAAAAGCCUGGUUUUACUGGGAAGCAGCCAGGUGUGAAUGUGUGGCAUUGUUUGAAAGUAAAAGCUGAAUAAGAUGUGUAACAUGUUCAGGAUGAACCAGUCGAAAAAGCAUCACAGCUAUUUUUGGGCAAUGAUGAUGGAGCACUUGGUCUUCAUUGCCGUCACAUCUUCUUCAUUGCUGUCACUAAUACGUUAGUAUUUCUCAAUCAGAUCACAGAUUAGUACUUGGCAGACAUUGGAAGAAAAAGAAUGGCCUUUUGACCCGGUCCAGUUUUGCUUCCAGACUUGUACUGCCCAGUCCUCUUCAGUGCCACGUACAUGUGUGGGUACUUCCUGGAGCGGUAGGUGUUGUAGUUGUUGCUCUCAAGCCGUUCUAAGAAGUAGCAUUCAUCUGUUGCUCGUCUCUGGAGAGAAAGACACAGAGGGAUCACAUACAUUUCAUUGAAUCUGCGGUUUAGUGAGGAACUGCAGGUGGGUCAGGGGAUUGAAAUAGGAGAGAAAGGUUUACAUAUUCAGCCCUUUUUCUUACAGGACAAAGAACUACUGGGACACCAUCCUAUCCUAAUACACUUAAAUAGCUGAAGUAGUGUUUCAUAUUUCAACAAAUGGAAACUGAAGUUAGGUCAUUCUGUCUGUACGAUUUAUAUAAAUGUUAUUGUUUCUGUCCAAACGGCUAAUAAUGUUCUCUGUGUAUGCACUGAAAAUAAUUUCUGUAGUGGCAUUUCAUCAAAUGUUAUUUUAUUUGGAUGAUAUUUAAUUGAAUGUAAUAUAUGUUGUUGGAAAGGGAGCAAAUGUGUAAUGCUGACAUGACCACUUAAAACAACCAGAGAUAAAUGCCACCUUUUAUUUUUUUGAAGACCGCUGGAUUAGAAUAAUUUCUGCUCAAUGUGUCACACUUAAACAUUUUUUUUAGGAAACCAUGCCUGACCAGGGACUUUAUUACAGAUCCAGUCAAGUGUUUGUUUUAGUUCAGUUUCCUUGCAUCCUGAUUAAACAUGGAGGUUAUCAGGCUGAAAUCUUAAAUAUGAAAAAGAAGAAAUGUUUACAAACAGAACAAAUCCAUUAACUAAACAAAUUCAGAUGUCUUGAACAAACGUGGAUUUGAAAGGUUUACAAAUGACAAGGUUUAAAAACAGCCAAAGAUGAAGAUCACUAUACAAUACAAACUAAUUAAA